AAUUCGCUGCAGCCAUUUAUGUUGUUCGCAUUUUACCAAGUGUAAAAAAAGAAAUAUUCACUAUUCAGGAUGACUGAUUCAAUGAACUUUGGUCCAGAUUGGAUUCGUAAUCUAUCUUCUGAAGGAUCAACAGGAGGUGGUAUAAGUGGAGGAGCUAAAUAUCAGCUUGCUGAUUAUCGGUAUGGUAGAGAAGAAAUGUUGGCUCUCUUCGAUCGGAAUUCUAAACCUCCUAUUAAUCUAUCCAAUUUUAAAGGUCUCUAUUCUGAGACCAGUCUACUUCCACUUGCUUUGUUGCCAACAUCUGAAGAAGAGAGGGGCUGGCAAGGAAGACCUACCACCUUAACGGGCCCGCCCCGAGGAAGGGGCGGCUCGCUCGAGCGGGGUGGCCGGGCGCCUAGAGGCCGAGGGACGUACCAGUACGGUCGGCCCUCGGGCUACGACGGCGGCUGGGGCAACGGCGAUCAGCCCGAGUGGAGUCCGCGGAAGGAGUACGGCAACCAGAGGACGAUGUCGCUGGACAAUUGGCGGCGGGCGAAAGCGAACGAGGAGGAUGACGGGUGGAGGAAUAUGGAGAAGUAUAAAGGGCAGCAAUGGGGACGUUCGUCCAGUUGGAGGGGUGAAGGUGAGUCGGAAGAAAGGACGGGACCGCCGCCGGAGAGGGGUGGACGUACAGGGUGGAGUGAAAGAGGAGGCAUGCCUGGUCGGAAGUCCUGGGACAAUGAGGAUCACUUGCCGGAAUGGGCGACGGAGAAUCCGAUGGAGAGUGGGGGUACAUUCGACGAGAGGGGGGCUUUCCAUGGAUCAGAUGACGAACAGGCGGAUGGGAAACCACCUUAUAAAAGAGAUACUGGUCUUCAUAAAUCAACGUCUCAGCAACAUAUUAUUAGCAGGACUCAACCACCUCCUUUAUCAUCAUCAAAAUCCACCACUUCGCUAGUAAGGGUGGAUGAUUCUUCCAGAAAGAGAGAGGUAUCUUCAACAGAGAGAGAAGAAGAUGUAAAGUUGACACAUGAACAUAGUAUGCCAGUGGAAAGAAAUAAAUCUGUGCCCAAGGUUCCUGAGAAAAUCGAUAAGGAUACCACAGUACGAGAAACAGUUACGUCAAGAAGUCCUCCAACAUUGGAAGAAAGACAUUCCGUAGUACCUAAUGGACCAGCUAGAGAAAUGCCCCGACCUGAUGACCGAGAUUUCGAGAGACUUCAGGAGGAUUUCGUAUUGAAAUUGGUGGUGGACGAGGAGGUACCGAAACACAUGCAACAGCCGCAACACCCGCAACAGCCUAUCGGCAAUCUCGAGGUGGGGAGUAUCCAGCCACCACCGAAUUUGGUAGCGCCACCAAUCGAUAAAUGGUUUUAUCAAGAUCCACAGGGGCACAUGCAAGGCCCGUUCUCCCACCUCGAGAUGGCCGAAUGGUACAAAGCGGGCUACUUCAGCAACCAGCUGAAAGUGCGCCGACCCUGCGACGAGCGCUUCUUCCUGCUGGGCGAGCUGAUCACGCUGUGCGGAGGCGCGAACCCCUUCCAGUCGGCCGUGCGCUUCCCGGUGCUCAAGAACGACGUCACCGAAAUGGCGGAUCCGGAUCUGUUGAAGUUCCAGUAUCUGUCACAGAUGGCGGCGUACAAGCAGGCGCAAGCGAGGAUGCUGCCGGAGCCAUGGAGCGCUAUCACGCUGCAGCAGCAGGAGCUCGCCGCGCAAAGACUGAUGGUGCAACAGCAGCAGGUUCCUCAAGAUCUUCAAUAUUUGCAACAACCCCAAGCAGCCAAUCCUCUGAUGCAUAUGAUUAACCAGAUGCAACAAGCAAACAAACUCCCCGGCCAAGGCGUCGCCGACAAACCCCCGCAAGGCCUGCCGGGCGGCCUCGAUCCCCACCUCCAGCUCCACAUGGGCAACAUCCUCUCCAUGCAGAGCCGCCUGCCCGCCUCCAACAUGGUGCCCAGCUUGCCCGCCGGUUUCACCUCGAACCUAUCGAACAACAUGCAGCCCGACGGAUUGGCCGCCGGCAUGUCAGGACUGCAGCCGCCGGGGGGCUUGCCAUUGGGGGGCAUCCAGACCAACGUACCAGUCAGUAUUGGCGGCAGUAUUAACAUUCAGAGGCCGACGUCGCACGCCUCGGUCGACCAGAUGGGAUCAAGUCAGGCCGAGGAUCCUAUUAGUAGUUUGUUGAAGCAGUUGCAGCAACAGAAGCAGCAGUCUCAACAGGCGGAUUCCCUCUGGCAGCAGAACUCGUUCCCUUCCAACCAUUCUCCUCCGCAAUGGCAAUCUCAAAACGAAAUUCCAAUGUCGAUGUGGGAUAUCCAGAACAGCGGCACGCCUUCACCUAUUCUAACGCCAUCGGAAAAACUACAACAGGCCAUCCAAGGCAAAAGUAAUGCAAUAAAACCCGACAAACCCAAGGAAAUCAAGAAAGAAGAACCUUCCGCUAAAGAACUGAAGAAGAAGAAAGAGUUGGAUGAAAAGCAGGCGAAAAAAGAUGCAGAAGAGAAACGAAGACAGGAACAGAAAAAAAUUGAAGCAGAUAGGAAAGCUGCGGAAGAAAAAAGAAAAAAAGAGGAAGAGCGAAUCAAGAGGGAAUUAGAAAAGGCUAAAAAGGAAGCUGAAGAAAAAAGGAUGAGGGAGCUAGAAGAAAAACGCAGACUCAAAGAACAGAGAAAACUAGAGGAGGAGGCCAAGAAAAAAACAGAUGAACAGAGGAGAAUGGAAGAGGAGAAAUUGAGGCAGGAGUUACAAGAGAGAGAAAGCAGAAGACAUGACGAGGAGAAGAGGCUACAGCAGGAACAGAUCCGGAUGGCGAAGGCAGCUCCUUGGUCCCAGCCGAACGCCAAUUCGGGCAUGAGCUUGACAGAAAUUCAGAAAGCCGAAAAGGAAAGAAAAGCUAUCGAUCAAGCCAUACAGAUACAAAGGAUGCAGGAAAAGGAAUAUCAGCAACAGCAGGCACAACCAGAGAAACCCCUUAGUGGUAUUCAGCUGAAUUGGGCUAAUAAGCCUGUCGAAACGAGAAAAGUGAAAUCCCUGGCGGAAAUACAAGCUGAAGAGCAAGAAAGAUUAGCAAAGCAAGUUGCUGAGUCUCGUCUCCAAAAAGAGAAAGAACCGGCACCCGUGACAAAUAAUGCCGGUAAUAUUUGGAAUGGCCAAAAUCUGACAUGGUCUAGUCCCCCGCCAACAAAUUCCCAGUGGCUACCGAGUUCUGCUGGUUUCUGGGACGAUUCUUCCAGCAGACACGUAUCAAACAAACCGUCCUCAGUAACUAAGAGUAAUUCUACUAGUACCUUAAGCACAAACGCUAAACAAGCGCAAGCUCCGAAACAACAACAGCAAGCGCAAAAACAACAAUCGAAACAACAGAAUAGCAAACCUAGGAAGGAAGAGCAGGGCAAAACCAAUCACAACAACAAUAACGGACCAUCGACAGACGAAUUCACCGAUUGGUGUUUCAAUACAUUAUCUAAUAUCUCCACGAAUGUAGAUAUUCCGACAUUUGUUACUUUUCUACGAGACAUAGAAUCCGCUUUCGACGUCAGAGAGUAUGUUAAGGAGUAUUUGGGCGAAAGCAACGCCACACACCAGUUCGCCAGCAAUUUCUUAGAAAAGAGGCGCUCGUUCAGACCCAGAAACAAUGCUCACAAGGACGACAUGUGUUCUCCCGCUCCUGCUAUUACCCCAUCCUCGCAACAUAGUACUGAAUUCCAAGAGGUUAAGGGCAAAAACAAGAAAAUUAAAAAAUCGAAAAUGUUCAAGGUGGACGCUCGUAUUUUAGGCUUUAAUGUGACUUCUGCCCCUGACCGAAUCAACGUGGGUGAUAGAGAUUACGGUGAUAAUUCUUAGAAGUAUGUAAUAACAGAUUGUUAAUAAUUGUACCUAAUUAUAUUAUACAUAUUAUAUGAUUUUU